GCUUGCUAUAAACCAGCUUGUUCAUUUUUCCCUUGCUGUAGUAGUGUUUAUAUUUGUUCUUGUUCUUGUUCUUCCUUCCUCGUAUUCCUUACAUACCUUAAUAGGCCGACAUUCAUGGAAGCUUCACAUCCUCUUUCAAUUGAAAGCUUUUCGUACAGUUGGUUGGUGAACCUGAAACCAUCUCUAGAUUUAAGCCUAGAUAACUCCUUCAGAUCCUCACUGGACGCCUCCGAUGAAGCUUCUUUCAUCGAGAUGGACCCAACAAUGACAGCCUCCAAGAGAUUCUUCAGAAACUCUCAAGAUUUCAAGUUUGACUUCCCUAUUUCGCAUGAGUCUCCUCUCGCUCUUGUUCAUGCAGAUGAGCUCUUCUCCGAUGGCUAUCUUAUGCCUCUUUUUGUGGACACCUUGAAGAUGGAGGCAUAUUACGAGGCCACCUCAGAUCAUUCCACUUCUGCUCUGCCAUCGGCCUAUUCCCUGCAUGCACCAAAACUCCUUGUUCCUGCAGCUGAAAAUAAUCCUUACUGCUCUUCCCUUAGAAGGUCAUGUCGAAGAAUGGCAAAGCACAUCUUUCAAAAGUACUUGGAUUUUCUUAGGCCAUUCCUUCGAAGACUCGGUGGAAACAAAUCAAGAAGUUCUAAAGCUGAAGUUGUUGGUAAGAGAGUUAAGAACUGGGCAUACUGGUCCAGAACAUCUCCUCGAAUUAGUGUAGCUUAUCCAUCGGAUCAUCGGCGCAGAUCUUGUGACUCUGAGAGUUCAAUUUACGAGGCAGUUCUCCAUUGCAAAAGAUCCAUAGGAAAAUAAAUGGUGGGUGUCGUACAAAACAAAGAAAUGAAGACCACAAUAGGUAUGAAGGGAAGAGGAGGAAGUGGGAAGAAAUUAUGGGAGCAAUUCAAGAUACACAUGGAAAGAGACCAGAAAAUCAUUGGCCACGUGUUCUUUGUCUCUUGCCACCAUAUUUUUGGGAUGAUAAUGCAAUGGUUUUGUCCUCCAAGCUGGGAUCGAGUAGAGAAGCUGUGUGAUGGUCGGCAAUGGAAAUUCUGGCCUUGAGGUAGAGGAAGGCCGGGGGUGAGGGAGUGAAAGUUGAAACAUUACCAUUUUGUACGCAUUAUUAAUUAAUUACGGGAUGUACAUAGCUUACUACUGUAAAUUAACCAUUAUUCCUGCCUGGUGUAAUCGAGUGGACUUUGAUUGAGGAGUGGGAGGUAAUUAAUUUCUAUAAUUUGUUGUAAGUUUUAUUCGAAUAAAACUUAAAUUCGAGUUUAUUAUC